CCUUCCCCCGCCCUCCUCCCCUCGUAACCUCCACCCCCACCCGUUGCCCCCCUUCCAUUCCCGUUCCCGAGCUGCUCCCCUCCGCUCCCCGCUCAGCGAGCCUCUCCAAUUCUCGUCACCGCCGCCUUCUCUCUGACCCGGUCGUAUUUAUACAGACCUAUUCAAAAUCCACGCCGCAAAAUAUUAUCCACAAAUCCAUCCGAGGUUAGGCUGCUGCUCUGCUUCACUGCUCUCCCGUGGUGAUUUCCGGUCUCGCCUCUCGCGUGGUAGGUAUGGGGGCGGGAGAGGGCGGGGGCGGGGGCCGCCGGCGGCGGAAGCUCGAGGGGGACGACGGAGACGACAGCGACGAGGAGUAUGUCUUGGAGGAGGAGGAAGAUGAGGAGGAAAUCGACGAGCUGGAGUACGGCCACGGAGGAAGAGACGCCGCGUCUUCUAGUGCCGGCGAGGAGGGAGGCGGCUCGGACGCGGAGUACGAGGUGGAUGACGAGGACGAGGAGGAAGAGACGCCGCGUCCAAAGCGGCCGGUGAAGAGGAAGGCGAAUCCGGCUCCCGCGCGGUCUCGCCGGCGAAGGUAUGAGGACGACAACGAUUACUCGGAGGAGCUGGAGGUGGAUGACGAGAUUGGUGACUACCAGGAAGAUCUCGACGAGGAAGAGGAGCCACGAGGGUCCAACUGUGAGACGAAAUGUGGUGGCCGCAGCCAGAAAGCGAAAAUGCCUCCCGUGGCUCAGCGAUCUAAUCGGCCGAUGCAUGCGGAGGAGGAGGACAUGGACUUUGAUCCUGACUUGGACGAGGGGGGAGGGGACGAGGACACGGAUUUCGACCCUGAUUUGGAGGGUGACGAUGAUGAGUUUGAGGACGACGAAGAGGAGGAACUCGGUGUCAGCCACACCAGAACGAUACCGAGGCUUAAGAAUACACCCGCUUCGAAGCAGCGACGAGGGAAGAAGAAGAAGAAUAGUAAUACUAGUAAGGUUUCAAAGCGGAAGUUUCGGAAGCCUGCGCCUGUAAGGCGACGGAGAAAGCGUUCUGUCAUCGAGCACUAUGAGGAUGAUGACGACGACUUCAUCGUGGAGGAUGAACUGGUCAAGGUAAACCGUAACUCAAGGAAGAAGGCCAGGUUUGGGAGGCAGGUGGAGGUAGACCGGCCAGUGCCAGUUGCCGAGGCAGAUAUAUGGCCGGCUAUUGAUUCAGACUCAUCAGAGUUUGAGUUUGGAACAUCCGAAGAUGAACCUGAGGGUGAGCCAGUGAGAGCUGCAGUAAGGAAGGGGAGGAAAAGGAGGGGGGUAUCGGGGUCAUCCUCAGAUUCUGAAUUCCAUGUCUCGGAUAAGGAAUUGAGCGAUGUUAGAGAAGAAGAGGUUAAGACGAAGAAAAGGUUACGCGUCUUGCAGUCAUCCUCAGAUUCUGAAUUCCAUGUCUCGGGUAAGGAAUUGAGCGAUGUCAGAGAAGAAGAGGUUAAAACGAAGAAAAGGGUACGCGUCUUGCAGUCAUCCUCAGAUUCAGAAUUCCAUAUAUCAGAUAAGGAAUUAAGCGAUGUCAGAGAAGAAGUUAAGAGGAAGAAAAGGACAUGUGUCUUGCAGUCAUCUUCAGACUCUGAAUUCCAUGCCUCAGACAAGGAAUUGGGUGAUAACAGGAUAGAAGAGGCCAGGAGGAAGAAGAGGUUACUCGUCUCGCAAUCAUCCUCAGAUUCUGAAUUCCAUGUCUCAGAUAAGGAUGUCAGGGACUUGGGAGAGGCUAAAUCUCUGGUGGCUCAGCCCAUGCUGUCUGUGUCCCCGAGGAGGCUUUCUUUUACAAGGAAUGGAUGGGACAAAGGAAAGGAGAAAAAAGAACUAGUAGAUGCUGGGAAGCCCUGGUGUGGGAUAUGCCUCUCUGAGGAUCAGAGGACGACUCUACAGGGAGUGCUGAAUUGUUGCUCACACUACUUUUGCUUCGCGUGCAUCAUGGAGUGGUCUAACGUCGAGUCAAGGUGUCCAUUGUGUAAGAGGCGGUUCACCACGAUUACCAAGUCAUCAAAAGUGGAUCUUGAUUUGGAGCUGAAAAAGUCUGUAAUUAAGGUUGAAGAGCGUGAUCAGGUUUAUCAGCCAACGGAAGAAGAAAUAAGGCGCUGGUUAGACCCAUACGAGAAUCUUAUGUGCAUAGAGUGCAAUCAAGGUGGUGAAGAUAGUCUAAUGUUAUUAUGUGAUAUUUGUGAUUCCUCGGCACAUACUUAUUGUGUUGGCCUGGGAAGAGAAGUACCUGAAGGAAAUUGGUAUUGUGGAGGAUGUAGACUCAGUGGCGAGGGAUCAACGCAUCCUAGAAGCCUUACUAACAGCAAUUCUGCCCAGUUAGGCAUGACUGUACCCAUUAGCACAUUUGGAAGGUCACUGUCAAUCAACACUUGGCAAACUUUUCAAGGGUUUGAUCUAAAUGCAUCGCCUAGGGAGAUUCCUAGGCAAAACAUUCAUGCCGAUUCACGAGCUUCAACUUUGGGUGUAUCAACUCCAACUGGAAGGCUUGCAACUCUUUCUAGAAGACGUGAAUGGAUGCACAUUUUGCUAGAUAGACAAAGGCUCGUGAUUAGUCAAGACACUGGACAUGAUGGUGUACAGCACAGUGGCUAUGCUCCGAGAGCUGACCCAGACCACAGGAACUUCUGUGCUUCAUCAGGAUCCAACUCUUUGCAGCACAAUGAUUCUUUGCCAAGAAUUGAACCAAAUCGCAGGAACUUCUCUAGUCCUUGGGAAGCAAACAGUUCACAAACUCUGCUCGAUGACAUUCGGGACCAGCACGGUUGCUUUUCUUCUGUUCAAGCUCAGAGAAACUCUACUCCAUGCCUUUUUGCGGAUGGAAACAAUUUCCAACAAACAGAAAGUGUCAACAGCAAUGUGAAGCACAUGUGCAGUAUAAGUCCUCAUUAGAAUGUCAUUCUAUUCUGUUGGUGGCGUGUUGGAUCGACCAUAAGUAGCACGGACAUGCGCUUCUUACCACACUUUAAUAUCCUUCCAGUAACUGUGAUAAUGCUCUACGCUGGCACCGAGUAUCUCACUGAAUAUGGCUGGCCAUUGUGCUUCAACUCAUCCUAUGCGGUCAAUGACAGAAAAAUGAACAUGUUCUCAUUAACCUUUUAUGUUAGCUUAGUCAUUUUUUUUCUUUUGUUAUUGCCAUUCAUUCAGUCCUAAACACGAUCACGAAGUUCAGCAAUGACCAAGAUGCGGUCAAGAUAUUUCUGAUUUUUUGGACGGCUUCAUAUGUGUAUACAUUGUGGUAUUGGGAAAGCCAGUUCCAUCUGAUGAUCAUUCAACGUGA